AGCAGACCUGGAGAACAAGGGGGUCAGUGUUCUCUUGUCAGCAGACUGGUGGGUGUUUGCACGCUUCCACUCAGAGUCUCCUCCAAACUGAGUGAACCCGCUUCUCAUGUUUCUCUGGUCCCUGAGCUCUGUUAAGCAUCUCCAUCCUCCUUGGACUAUUAAACUCAGAACUAGGCACAGGACUCCAGUGGAGAUACUGUUACCUCUGUGGAAGUGGGGUCAUUAUCUCCCUUGGGUAUGGCAUUCCUAUUAAAAACAUUCCAGAAUGAUACUCUCUUACUUGGCAGCAUUCUCACAUAAGUGAAACAUUCAAUAUGUGAUCCAAAUUGAUUUGUGAUGUGUAAGCCAGGUUCUUUUUGCUAUACUGCUACCCAGGGAAUUAUUACUGGGGAGAGAACCAUGGCUCUGGGCUUUUUCUUUACUAAGUAUAUUAUUUUGCACUUGUUUUGAGUUUGAGAAGAAGCUGUCUUGAUCAUCAUUACACAACUUUUUCUGUCUAAUUUUAGUCUCUGAAAUCUGCUUUCCCAACCUUCUUCCUCCAAGUUUGGGAUCAUUCACAAAUAGUUCAUUAAAAUACCAAGUAGUGCCAGGCCCUGCACAUUGUCAUAAGCUCUUCCAGUUCGACUUUCUCAAACACUGUCUUCUUCUUUGUCAUGUUUCAUACUAAAGCUGCAACUUGUGCCGUGGCUUCGCAGCUGAGUCAAAUCCUAUGGAGAAUCUUAAGUGAGGAAACCAUCAAUUCCUUUGAAUUGGCUUCUGUGCGCAGAGGAGGGAUUUCUAGCUAAAAAACUAGAAAUACAUGUGAAAUCCUGAACUCUUCUGAAGUUUUGGUGUUUUGCGUGUGGCUUCUGCAUGUCUCUGGUUCCAGGUUAUAGAGAAUAAUGAUUGCUGGCAGUUUCCCAUUCUCCUUUUUGAAGCUGUUAUGUAGAGAGGAAAAGGCUCUGAUCAGAUGUCUCACAUGAAAAGUCAUGGAGCUGGGAAAGGCAAAGCUUCUGAGAACUGGCCUUAAUGCCUUAUAUCAAGCAAUUCACCCUGUGCAUGGCAUUGCCUGGACAGAUGGGAAACAGGUGAUACUGACUGCUUUACACCUUCAUAACGGAGACCCAGAAUUUGGUGACUCGAGUGUUGUUGGUCAGUUUGAACACAUCCAUGGACUCUACUGGGGCCCAUGUCCCCCUGAUGCCCCAGCUCUGCUCGCUGUGCAACAUAAAAAGCAUAUCACCAUUUGGCAGCUCUGUUUUAAUGCUGCAGAAAGAAAUAAGCUCUUAGUAUCUCAGAUAUGCGACAUCAGCGAGCCAUUCCCAGUGCUCCCCCAGGGCUGCGUGUGGCAUCCCAAGAAGGAGAUCCUGGCUGUGCUAACUACACAGGAUGCUUCUGUCCUACACUCUGUUCACCUCAACAGCUCCAGAGUUAGUGCAGAUAUUAAAGGCAGCGGCCUCAUCCACUGCGCUUGUUGGACGAAGGAAGGCAAUCGCUUAGUGGUGGGAGUAGGCAGUGCCCUUCAUUCUUACAUUUGGGAUGAUGCUCAGAAAACACUGAGUGCUUGUUCUUUUUGCCCAAUCUUUGAUGUGGGAGGCUAUGUCUGCGCUGUGGAAGCUACUCUGAAUUUCCAAGUUGCUGUUGCUACCGAGCUUCCUCUGGACAAGAUCUGUGGCUUAAAUGCUGGUGUGGCAUUUGAAAUUCCAGCCAGCAUUGAAACAGAGUCCUUCCCCUCGCAGUCCAGCUUAUGUGGUGAGGAAGAGUAUUCCAUGGAUGGGGGGAAGAAGUCGCUGGACUCUGAGAAGUCCCUGUCUGUUGUUGCAUCUCCUGUGGAUCUAACUCACAUACUUUCUAGCAAGCAGGGUGCUGAUUCUAGUCCUCUUCUUCAUCUGCGGCCCAAGGACUACCUAACGGGAAGUGGCCAGGAUUCUUCACAUCUCAUCUUGGUGACAUUUGAAAGAAGGGUUACCUCUACCAAAAAAGUUAGCAUCCCAGGCAUUCUGGUUCCUGAUAUAAUGGCUUUUGACCCCAAAACUCAAAUUGUAUCAGUUGCCUCCAAUACUUGUAACAUUAUUUUAGUCUAUUCGCUGACUUCAUCCAAUUUACCCAAUAUUCAACAAAUUCAGCUAGAGAAAAAUGAGAAACCAAAGGGUUUGUGCUUCUUGACCAAUAAAUUGUUACUGAUACUGGUUGGAAAACAAAGAUUCACUGACCCUGCAUUUCUUCCCUCUUCAAGAUCAGACAAAUAUAUGAUACGACUGAUGAUUAAGGAACUAAUAUUUGAAAUGGGUCCUUCAACAUCAGCAUCAGUUAAUGGGAGCUCCGAUUUGAACCUUUCCAACAUACAGCAUGAUCUCUCUAGAGACGUUCACCCUCUCAGCCGUGGACUCCUGAUGCCGGAUCGUGCUGCCAUUCAGUCCCCUACCAGCAAAAGGAAACUCAUUGAAGAAAUUAAGAGUCCCGUUUAUGAACAAAGCUUGUCGAACAUGAGUGACCUCAAAGAUAAGAAGAUUUCCAUGAGUUAUUCUCCAGCAGUUGAGUGUCUCGAUGCUGAACUGGUUAAUCGCGCAGCGGCACUGUCUGCCGCAUCGCUGGCGUCUUCUGUCAAGCCAACAUCUCCAAAAAGGCAGGCAGAUGCAGCUUUCAAAGUACCCAAUUCUUACAAGAAUAACUUAUUAAGUGAAAAGGAAGCAAGUUACUUUUCAAAAAAUGUAGAAAAACUGUCUGGUAACUUCUCAGAAUUACAGCAUCAUCUCUGUGAAUUAACUGAGCUGCUAAAAUCUGCGAAGAGAAAUCUUCCAGUGUACCCACCUUCUCAGGAACCCCCUUUUAUUAACAUCACCUGCCAGAAGCAGCUUUCCAGAAGUGACUCAGAUGAAAGAAGAGCUGUUAUUCUUUGUGGUGGCAAACUCCGUCUAAAUACAGUCCAGCAGAUAUUCAAUCUCUCUCUCGUAGAAAUGCAACAUGGUUCAUCUUGGAUUGUUCUCACCGCAGACAGCGAGGGCUUUGUUCCGCUGCUGUUUACAUCCAUGCAGGAGAUAGUGGUGAGAGAUGCCAGUGCAAAAGGCUACGGUGCCCGUUCUUCCAAAACUUUGGAUAUCAUCAGUUCCACAGAAGGGUGCAGACUCGCUUCUUCGGAAAGUCUGGAUAUCACAAGUUCCCUGGAAGUCCUCAGAGGCUGCUCCUCCAAGGCUUUAGACGGCAGCAAUCCGUCAGAACAGCCCAGCAGUAAAAUGUGAUUUCUGACAGUGAUUUUGUAAUGCCUGUCUGACAAUGGGAGAGUUUUGAAUUCUCUGUAUAGGACUGCAGUUCUGAACAGCAGACUGUCCCAAAUCUCUGUCGGAUUUCCAUAGUUUUUUUGUUGCAAUUAUUUAAUUGAUUCUUGGAAACUCUAACUUCUUUUAUACUGAGCAGUGUUUUUUAAAUAAGCCUCUUGCAGAACAGACCAGGGCUUUGUACCAGUGGUUGAAAACACACAUUCUUACAAGCUUCUGAGCUAGUUUCCAUCUUGGAUUUUUGAUAUGUUGGUGGUUUUAGAUGAGAGUAAACUUCCAUAAUAAAUCAUUGGAAAAUGCUG